AUGCAGGAGCACGCGGCGAGCUCGCAGCCUUCUAGCAGCGAGAGGUCGUCCAGCUCCGCGCACCACAUGGACAUGGAGGUCAAGGAAGGCAAGCUACCUAUAUACCUCUGCCACCCCGUGCCGUCGAACUAUCCUCUGCAUCUUCUUCAUUCGUGGAUGGAGAGCGACGAGGAGAUAAGUAGAGUGCCGGAGCUGGGUCUGGAGCUGCCUGGCGCUUCCACGUCGGGCAGGGAGGCUGGCCCGGGCGCCGCCGGCGCAGACCGCGCCCUGGCCCAGUCGUCCAUGGCGCAGGCCAGCGCGCGCCGCCGCCUCCGCAGCCCCGCCGACAAGGAGCACAAGCGCCUCAAAAGAUUACUGAGGAACCGGGUGUCAGCUCAACAGGCAAGAGAGAGGAAGAAGGCUUAUUUGACUGAUCUGGAGGUGAAGGUGAAAGACCUGGAGAAGAAGAACUCCGAGAUGGAAGAGAGGCUCUCCACUCUUCAAAACGAGAACCAGAUGCUCCGCCAGAUACUGAAGAACACCACUGUAAGCAGAAGAGGUUCAGGAAGCACUGCUAGUGGAGAGGGCCAAUAG